AUGGCCGUUAAACACAUUCUUAUGAUCGCAGGCGAUUUCGUUGAGGAUUACGAAAUCAUGGUUCCAUUUCAGAUUCUGCUUAUGGUUGGGCAUAAGGUUGAUGUUGUUUCACCUGAGAAAAAAGCUGGCGAGAAAAUCGCCACUGCCAUUCAUGAUUUCGAAGGCCACCAGACUUAUACCGAAAAACCUGGUCACAAUUUUAUGCUCAAUGCCACCUACUCUAAUGUUCAAGCUGAUGAUUACGACGCGCUGGUCAUUCCAGGCGGAAGGGCGCCGGAACAUCUGGGAACCAAUGAAAGCGUCCUCAAUCUGGUUCGUGCCUUUGCAAAUGCGAACAAACCAAUCGCUGCUAUUUGUCAUGGCCCACAGCUUCUAGCAGCGGCCAAUGUCAUUUCCGGACGAAAGGUUUCUGCCUACCCAGCCUGUCGUGCCGAAAUUAUAGUGGCUGGCGCGCAGUAUCAGGCUAUUGCAAUUGAUGGUGCUGUAACAGAUGGCAAGCUCGUGACGGCCCCGGCUUGGCCAGCCCACCCGGCUUGGAUGAGUCAGUUCCUUAAGGUUCUAGGUUCCAAAAUCGAAGCAUGA